GUGUUUCCUUCAACACACACACACACACACACACGCACGAGAGAGAGAGAGAGAGAGGGAGACGUGCGCGAGCGUGUGCGCGAGCUUCCUCUCGACUCCACUGACUGCUGUCGUUCAUCUACACGGAAUUCGCUUAUGGACAUGUCGAUGAAUGACCCGUGUGUGGAUACCAUUAUCCAGACUUUUGACAUCAGGUGACAAUACUAGAAAACUCCAAUGGAGACUAAGACGGGCAGUCAAGUCAAUAAAAUCCUGCAAGACCAUGCCAGCUUAAAUCAUACAACAUAUUUAAAUGCGUCUCUUUCCCUCCACCAUCAUGUGAAUAAUGCAGUGCUGGGGAUCAUUCUGGGAAUGUUGUGUCUCCUGACAAUCAUCAUGAACAUUCUGGUUCUUGUCGCCGUGAGGAAAGAACGUACUUUACAUACCGUGGGGAAUCUUUACAUUGUCAGCCUCUCUCUAGCAGAUCUUAUAGUUGGGGCGACUGUAAUGCCUCUAAACCUUGUCUAUCUACUUGAGGAUGAAUGGAAACUUGGUCGUGUGGUGUGUCAGUUCUGGUUGGUGAUGGAUUAUGUUGCUAGCACAGCCUCCAUUUUUAGUUUGUUUAUCCUUUGCCUGGACAGAUAUCAGUCUGUUAGGCACCCAUUAAGGUAUCUGAAAUAUCGAACCCGUGGAAGAGCGACACUGAUGAUUUGUUUCGCUUGGCUUCUUUCAAUGAUGUGGAUUAUUCCCAUUUUGGGAUGGAGGAUGUUUACGAAUGUUGACCGGAAACCUGAGCUAGAAAGCAAGUGCGACACAGACUUUCGCUUCGUCACAUGGUUUAAAGUGCUGACCGCCAUUCUCAACUUCUAUAUCCCGUCAUUCCUGAUGCUGUGGUUCUAUUCGCAAAUUUUCAUAGCUGUGCGAGAACAUUACAAGCAAUGGGAGAGCGUCACAAUUGCUAAGGUGGUGGCAGAUGAAGACAUCAACAUGCAAAGCCUAAAAAAUCAGAGGACCUUCAGUAAAAUGGCCGAGGAAGAGAAUCUGGCUUUGCAGACUUAUUCUCAAAAAGAAGGUAUAUUGGAUCAGUAUACAUUAGAGCAGCCGUACAACUCAAGGGACGCUAAUGAGGAGAAUGGCGACUCCACGGGGGAUAAAAAAUCCAAACACAGAAAGACAUUUUUUAAGAUUACCAAACCUAAGAAGAAAACAGUAAGGGAGCCUCAUGAAGUUUCCUCAGUAAACCAGGAGCUAACUUCUGAAACACCUUCAAAGGACCCAUCUUUACCUCUGGGUUUUUUGCAACAUGAAGAGAAUCCAGAUCUGAAAAUGUUCGUAUCUGUUACUGAUUGUAAUGUAUUAGUGCCGAAUUCGGUUGCUAAUAUUUGUGAGAUAUCACCCAACACUGACGUUCACAAACACAUCACCAUUCUCUGUAACGACGAUGCUAAUGCACAGUCGCCUGUAUCGCAAGGGUCAUGGAUGCACGACGACGGUCCAGCGAUAGACGGUAGCAACACUAUGACUCUGAGGCAAACAUGGCAGAAAUUCUGCGAACAGUCCAGGCAGUGUGUCCAGAACAUGCGCGUUCAUAAGGAACGGAAAGCGGUGAGGCAGUUAGGCUUCAUCAUUGGCGCUUUUAUGGUGUGCUGGAUCCCUUAUUUUAUCACCUUCAUGGUCAUGGCACUGUGCAACACGUGCGUCCAUCAUGACCUCCACAUGUUCACUAUAUGGUUGGGCUACAUCAACUCCACACUGAACCCCUUUAUUUAUCCACUUUGCAACGAGAAUUUCAAAAGAGUAUUUAAAAAGUUCUUUCGUAUCAAGCAGUGAUUUUUGUCUGUAAAGAUUGAACAUGUAGCAGCUGUGUAUGUCUGUGUAAAACAUAGUUAUUUUGCCUUUAUAUGUGCAACUGUAUUUUUAAAGGUCGUUUGUUUGGACUAUUAUGGUAUUAAAGACUUCUGUUAAUUGGCUUCUAUCUUUGGUGCUAACCAGUGUCAUUGUAUGCUUGUAAUCUGCAUCAGAUUAAGGCAUCAGUACAAAAUACUGAUGGUAAAUGUUUAAUAAAUUCUCUGUGAGUUUUUUGUGGUUCUAAGGAUCGUUUUUCUUCUCUUAACAGGCUUCGUUUAGUCUGCGUCUUUUACUUCCGCUUUUUUCUUUUACUUCUGCAGGUUUAAUGUGCUUGCUGCAUGUCUUACAAAUUUAUUUGAGCUUUUCUGAGACGAUAAUGUGUCACUAACAUGGAAACAUGUACUUGGAUGGACUUUACUGUUUUGUAAAUAAAGGCAAAAAUUAUUAGCCACAACAUCAGACACUAAGGGUGGGUCUGGGUUACUUUCCUCUCGCUCUUUACUAUAUACCUUUACUGUGUCGCCAUUCUCUGCCUCGUGCACGGCACCGGAAGUGCCAGUUUACUUCCACAUGGGCUCCGUUUAUGUUCCCUGUUUAAUUGGUUUUGCCACGUGUGUUUGUUUUUAUUCAUAUCUUGUCUCCGCCCUCGUCUUGUUAUUAGCUCUUCCUGGAUUGUGUUCUGAUUAUUCUCAUGUGUUCUGUGUUUCCCCUUUGAUUUGUUCGGAUACUUUUGUGUUGCGUCUUUGAGGCGAAGUGCCACUACUGAUCACACUAUACCAAGCCCUAUAUUUGCCCUCUUGUUCUGACCUCAGUUUCUGUUCCCUGAUUUCCGUGCUCUCGCCCCGUCAUACUAAUGUCUGUUUGUUGUUUGCCCGACCUCUGCCUGUUUAUUGGAUUUUGUCUUUGCCUUGUGUUUUGGAUUGUUUGCGGCCAGUUUUAAUAAA